GCUGCGGCUCGGGGGUGCGGGCCGGCCCGGGGCGGUGGAGGAGGCGCCGCCUGAGCUCCGGAAGCCGCUGCCGAGGGGCGGCGGAGGGCCCUGGGAGCCGUGAGGGCGCCGAGGUCCGGGCGGGCCUUCCGUUCUGACAGCCAAACGUUCGGAAGUUGCUGAAUUGUUUCGCUUUGAUUCAUGGAGGUCAACGAUCCUGAGAACAUCUCGGAAAGUUGCGUUUUGAUAGACUUGGUGAGGCUCCCGCUGAGCUGCCUUCGUCCACGCAGCCGCUAGUGUGUGCCGCAAGGCCGAGAAGUCUUUCCUGCCCUUACAACCAGCCCAGCGCCCAGGAUGCCCCACAAGAUUGGCUUCGUUGUUGUCAGCUCCUCUGGACACGAAGAUGGCUUCAGUGCCCGGGAACUAAUGAUCCACGCACCUACCGUCAGUGGGUGGAGGUCACCGAGAUUUUGCCGGUUUCCGCAAGAGAUCGUUCUUCAGAUGGUGGAGAGGUGUCGAAUAAGAAAGCUGCAGCUGCUCGCCCACCAGUACAUGAUCCCCAGCAAAGUGGAGUUCUACGUCAGCGAGAGCCUGCCCGAGUACUUCGUGCCCUACCAGGCAGAGCGCUUUCGAAGGCUCGGCUAUGUCUCUCUCUGUGACAACGAGAAGACGGGCUGCAGAGCCCGGGAGCUGAAGUCCGUCUACGUGGACGCGGUGGGACAGUUUCUCAAGCUGACCUUUCACGAAAACCACCUCAACAAGUACAACAUAUAUAAUCAGGUUGCUCUGGUUGCAGUAAAUAUCAUUGGAGACCCUGCAGAUUUUGGUGAUGAAAGCAAUAUUACCUCUAGAGAGAAGCUGAUUGAUCAUUAUCUGGGGCACAACACCGAGGACCCAGCUCUGGAAGGAACUUGUACUGGGAAAUCUGACUACAUUUCUCCACUAGAUGACUUAGCUUUCGAUAUGUACCAAGAUCCAGAAGUUGCCCAGAUUAUACGUAAAUUAGACGAAAGAAAACGUGAAGCCGUCCAAAAGGAACGCUACGACUAUGCCAAGAAGCUGAAACAAGCUAUUGCUGAUUUGCAAAAGGUGGGCGAGCGCCUCGGGCGGUACGAGGUGGAGAAGCGCUGUGCGGUGGAGAAGGAGGACUACGACCGCGCCAAGGAGAAGCAGCAGCAGAUGGAACGGUUCCGCGGCCAAGUAUACGAGCAGCUGCGGCUGCACAGCCUCGUGGACGCCGAGCUGGUGCAAAGGCCUCCUGACCUGCCCCUGCAGCCCCUGGCACACUCUGGCAGUCCUCACCACCAGCAGCCAGCGCUGUCUCGACAGCGAGAGGACAGAGCCCCAGAAAGCCUGCGUGCAGAGCCCUUCCUUCAGGAAAAGCCUCCAGCACGUCCCCUGGGCCCUCCUCAGCCCGCCACAGCGGACCAGGCCCCGCCCUCCGCGGACCCUCACCUCAGGACCCACCUCCAGGCCGUGCCCUACGAUGAGCGGCCCCUUCCUGCUGCCCGGAAGCAGCCUGCGGCGGCCCUGGAACCAGAGAAGAGUGACUGGGAUGGCAGUGAGGCUCCCAGAGGAGCUGCCACUGGGGAGCCGGAGCCCUUGACGGAGAAGGCAUUGAGAGAGGCCAGCCCUGCCGUGGACGUGCUCGGAGAAGCCCUGGUCGCUGGAGCCUACUCCAAGACGUGGUCGUACCGGGAAGACGCGCUGCUCGCACUGUGCAAACAGCUGAUGCAGAUGCCCGCUGGAGCCCCCAAGGAGGAGCUGAAGAACGUUCUGCGAGCGUCCAUCUUCCUCGUGAGGAGAGCCGUCAGAGACCUCGUGACCCCAGUCUUUCAGGCUUCUUUGAAACUGCUGAAAAUGAUAAUUACACAAUAUAUUCCCAAACACAAGCUGAGCAAGCUCGAAACGGCCCACUGUGUGGAGAGAACCGUUCCCGUUCUGCUCACCAGGACCGGAGACUCCUCUGCUCGCCUCCGAGUCAUAGCUUCCAAUUUUAUCCAGGAAAUGGCCUUGUUUAAGGAAGUUAGGUCUCUCCAGAUUAUCCCACCUUACUUGGUACAGCCGUUAAAAGCCAACUCUUCGGCUCAUCUGGCAAUGAGUCAGAUGGACCUCCUGGCCCGGCUCCUGAGAGACCUGGGCACCGGGAACACGGGUUUCACCGUUGAUAACGUGAUGAAGUUUUCAGUGAGUGCCCUGGAGCACAGAGUGUAUGAGGUUCGAGAGACAGCGGUUAGAAUUAUUUUGGACAUGUAUAAACAGCACCGGGCUUUUAUUCUAGAGUACCUCCCUCCAGACGACAACACCACGCGCAAGAACGUUCUCUAUAAAACAAUUUUUGACGGAUUUGCUAAAAUAGACGGCAGACCAACAGAUGCUGACACAAAGGCACAGAAAAAAGCGGCUACAGAAGAAGCGGAAAAACGAAAGAAAGAAGAAAUUAAAGCUUUACAAGGGCAGUUGGCAGUGCUCUCCGAAAUUCAGGCCGGAGUCCAGCCUGGCAAGGAGACGAUGGCAGGCCCCGUGCUGGAGGCAGACAGUCAGGACACGGAAGGAGGGAAGGCAGCCGCACGUCCUGCCCCGGAAGUCCCAGCCGCUCACUACUUAGAUAAUUUAUGUAUCUUCUGUGGGGAGAGGAGUGAGUCCUUCACGGAGGAGGGCCUGGACCUCCACUACUGGAAGCGCUGCCUCAUGCUGACAAGAUGUGCCUGCUGCAGGCAGGUGGUCGAGAUCUCCAGCCUGACGGAGCACCUGCUGACAGAAUGCGACAAGAAAGACGGGUUUGGAAAGUGUUACCGCUGCAACGAGGCUGUUCUGAAGGAAGAGCUGCCCAGACACAUAAAAGCAAAGGACUGUAAUCCCGCCAAACCGGAGAAGCUGGCAAACCGCUGUCCUCUGUGCCACGAGAACUUCUCACCGGGGGAGGAGGCGUGGAAGGCUCACCUCAUGGGCCCCGCCGGCUGCACGAUGAACCUGCGCAAGACGCACGUGCUGCGCAAGGCUCUGCCGCCAGCAGGUAAAGGCCCAGCCACGACCAAAUCAGGGACCUCCGCAUCCAAGGUCGGAAGCAAGAUCCCUACCCCAAAGGGACUGAACAAAAGCUCCGGCAGAACGUACACAAAGCGGUGACGUGACCCACAUUCUGUCCCCUUCGUCCCCACGAGGGACCGAGCGAGUUUCUUGAUUGCGAACCAUCUCUCCUAAGAUCCGCCUUUGGACGUGGCGACCCUGUGCUCCGCCCCCGCCGUCCCUCCGCUCGUGGCCCUGCUGUCCUCACCUGCCGCUCCCUGUGAGGGGCUGACGCAAGACCAAGCUCACCGCGGUUUGAAGCCACCAGGCUUCUGGCCUCCGAGGCCGCCGUCGCCAGAAGAGCAGCCAUUCCGUUUGAAGGGGACCGACCUCCCUGUCCGGGUCGGGUGAGCAGGUUACGGGUGUCCUCGAGCAGAGCGCCCUCUCCUCAGGCGCUUGGAGUGGUUUCCAUAAAGGCUUCGCUGUAAACCUCGUGCACGUCGGUCUCUCUCACGUGGCCGAAUUUCCGCAGGGCUUUGGCUCACUGGGCCGCGCGAACCAGCCGGGAGAGAGACGGCGGGCGCGGAUCUUGGCGGGCGCCGGCCCCCGCCCAGCGCACCUCCCCACUGUGUGCAGACCCCGCACCUCCCGCUGUCACGAGAGGGAAAGACGAACCUGCGGUCGCCACGCAUGGGUCCCCCUGCAGCACCUGCCCCGCUAGGGCCCCUCCCCCCCCCCGACCCCCACCCCUGCCACCAUGCGGAGUGCUGGGUCCCGCCCGACCCCAAGCUGCAGCCCCUGGGAGCCGAGCCUGCCGCCCUGUGGCUCCAUCAGGGCUCUCCUCCCGGUGCUUCCAGCUCCUUCCUUCUAGAACCACACCUGUGGUUCUAGAACAGAGUUAGGACCCGCCUCUCCACCGAUUGUCCUGCGCCCUGAACACGUGUCGGUCAGAACAGCCCUCUCUCAAAGCCUUGAGCAGGCGAGGGGAGCAGCCGCACUUGGUUAACGCGCGAACGAGCCUUCAGCGCGGACCAGCAGGCUCGGGUGUCUGCUUUGGGCCUGUCCUGCCUCUCACAGAUCUACGAGUCGGAGCCCUAAGUUCAUUUGUCUCAAACACGCCCCAUGACACUUCAAACCCCAACAUGGCUUAAAAUGAAGAGGCCAGCCCUCGUGUCCCACAGAAGCGGUUCCCGGGCUUCGUGUCCAGGUGGCCGCGGGGCAAAGCCAGGGUGUGUCUGAAACCUGCUGGGAAGCGUCCCAUCUCCCUUGUGCCGGCCUGCGCUCCCGCUGCCUGCUGGGCCCCCAGAGACCCAGGGAGGCCGGCCCUUCCCACCCCGCCCGCGGCCCAGCAUGCUUCCGUUCUCCCGCGUGGUAGGCAAGUAGACAGCAGGCCUUCGGGGUGCCGCUGAGAAAUGGGUGGGAUUUGUACCGCGUCAUCAGCAUAUACACCUGUUUACUUCCCCGCCACGUGAAAGAAAACACGUUUCAGAAAACCCCUCAUAGCCGUUGGAGCAGCGCGUCCCUUGAGUGUGUUAGUGACCGGGAGUUUGCACUAACCACUCUCCGUUCUGGGUGAACUAACACUUUCUCAUAUGGUUGACUCAAAAUACAGCAAGAAUAGGACUAAGAGAACUACCUUUGCAAAAAAUAACUCAAUUAAGAAGUAAGUAGUGGGGAGAAAGAACGUAAACCUUCGUCAGACAGAGCAGAACACAGACGCCGAGGGAACUGUGACGCGACCCCUCCUGGCUUCACAGACCGCGGCCACGACCUGGUCCCUCCUCCUACAGGCGAGCCGCUCCGUAACACGAGCAGUGAUGAGAAACGCUAAUCGAGGAGCCAUUCUCUUCCCUCUAAUCAACACUUGCAAAAAACAUGUAUGUAGUAUUUUCCAUAUAUCGUAACUUUAAAAAGAUUUGUAAAAAUAUUUCACUUUAGUGAUUGACACAGUUGGAUGCGUUCAAGACCGGUUAGCCUUGCUGGUUACAGAAGGAGCGGGCGUUUCUGUCAAAGUGAGCCCUGCCUAGCGGCUACAAAGAGCUCUACAGAGUUAGAGGCUAUUAAGGAACUGAAAAUAAAGGACAGGCAAUUCUGAAGGAAGUGUAGGAUCCCUUGGCCAUUUAUAAAUAAAAAUGUAAAUUUGGAACAAGAAUUAAUAAUUUUCACUAUGAAUAUGUUGUGGAUAUUUAUUUCUCUUAUUUUCAUAUUUCAAAAUAUUUUAAUUUAAAACAAAUGUGUCUAUAAAUUUGGCAUCAGAAUACACAUGUAAAUACCUUUAAUGAAAAUUUUUAACUUUUUAAUGUUUUAAUAUAGUUUUCUAUUUGUCUUUAUUUCAGGCACCAGAAUUAUAGUAUCUAACCAAUAUAUUUUUGUUGUUAUUUCAGGGCCUAGGGGUCAGGUCACUCUGAGGAUGUUAACACAAUAAAAAGGUCACAAAACA